ACUUCCAGGAGUGGAAUCGAACUGGGCCAGUCCGAGAGAAGACAUCCAGAAUAGCACCAUGAAGAGCUAUUAGUUGGUUCAGGAGACUUUCCACGCAAUCCUAAGAGAUGGGUAAUCUUGACCAAAUUUAGUAGCUUGCACUCUUUCUCUCAUGUGUUGUGCCUGCUUCAGGAAGCCGCUGUGAGCGAGUAGAGUUUAGUCGGUUGGAUGGUGUCACUUAAUUUCCACAGCUACCUACUAGAAUAACUGCAAAUCCCACAAUGCUUAGAUGUGUUUCCGGAAGUAAAAGACCUCCAUUCCAGGCAGGUCAACGACAGAAAAACGCACUCGUAGGUCUUAUCUGUAAAUAUUUUGUGCCAUUUAUUAGGUUUCUAGACAUACAGUACGACAACAAGUAGUGAAAUUGUGAAGAUAAAUAACGCUUUUGUUAGACUUUUCACGUUUUAACAGGUAACCCAAUCAAAGAAUUGACGCAGCCAUGCCGCCUGGGCCUGUACAACUUGUUCAGCUUGAGCCCAACAGCAAGGCAGAUGAGCCUACAGGGGAAACCCCAGCAACGAAACCCAUAGUUGGGAUCAUCUAUCCACCUCCUGAGGUCCGAAACAUCGUUGAUAAGACUGCCAGCUUUGUUGCCAGGAAUGGACCAGAGUUCGAAGCAAGGAUCCGUCAGAAUGAGAUCAACAACCCAAAGUUCAACUUCCUGAACCCCAAUGACCCCUACCAUGCUUACUAUCGCCACAAGGUCAAUGAAUUCAAGGAGGGCAAGGGCCAGGAGCCGUCUGCGGCCGUGCCAAAGGUCAUGCAGCAGCAGGCCCUGCUGAACUCGCAGCAGCUUCCUCAAAAGGUGCAGGCCCAGGUGAUUCAUGAGACAGUGGUGCCAAAGGAGCCUCCGCCUGAGUUUGAGUUCAUUGCUGACCCUCCUUCAAUCUCAGCAUUCGACCUGGAUGUUGUCAAGCUGACCGCCCAGUUUGUGGCUCGCAACGGGCGCCAGUUCCUCACACAGCUCAUGCAGAAAGAACAGCGAAAUUACCAGUUUGACUUCCUGCGACCUCAACACAGCCUCUUCAACUACUUCACCAAGCUGGUGGAGCAGUACACUAAGAUUCUGAUCCCUCCCAAGGGACUGCUCAUGAAGCUGAAAAGAGAGGCUGAGAACCCCAGGGAGGUGCUGGACCAGGUGAGGUACCGCGUUGAGUGGGCGAAAUUUCAGGAGCGUGAAAGGAAGAAGGAGGAGGAGGAGCGGGAGAAAGAGCGUGUGUCCUACGCCCAAAUUGACUGGCAUGACUUUGUAGUGGUGGAGACCGUGGACUUCCAACCUAAUGAGCAAGGCCACUUUCCACCACCCACCACACCUGAGGAACUGGGAGCUCGCAUCCUGACCCAGGAGCGUUAUGACAAGUUUGGAGAGAGCGAGGAGGUGGAGAUGGAGGUUGAAAGUGAGGACGAGGAUGACGUUGAGCAGGAGGAUCGGGAUGAUGGGCGUCCCACACAGCCUGAUCAGGACACACAGCUGCAAGACAUGGAUGAGGGUUCUGAUGAAGAGGAUGAUGGCAAGGCACCAUUGCCCCCAGACAACCCCAUGCCACCCCCACUGCCCCCUACUCCAGACCAGGUCAUUAUCCGCAAGGACUACGACCCCAAGGCCUCCAAGCCCCAGCCUCCAGCCAAGACUCUGGAUGAGUUCCUCAUCUCUCCCAUCACGGGUGAGAGGAUCCAAGCCAGUAAGAUGCAGGAGCACAUGCGCAUCGGACUACUGGAUCCCCGCUGGCUGGAGCAGAGGGACCGCGGCAUCAGAGAGAGGCAAAUAGAGGAUGAGGUUUACGCCCCUGGCAUGGACAUUGAGAGCAGCCUAAAACAGCUGGCUGAGAGGCGUACUGAUAUCUUUGGUGUGGAGGAGACCGCCAUCGGUAAGAAGAUUGGAGAAGAGGAGAUCCAGAAGCCUGAGGAGAAGGUGACCUGGGAUGGGCACUCUGGCAGCAUGGCGCGUACUCAGCAGGCAGCACAGGCCAACAUCACCCUACAAGAGCAGAUAGAGGCCAUUCACAAGGCCAAGGGACUGGUGCAGGAGGAUGAAAGCAAAGAGAAGAUUGGGCCAAGCAAGCCUGAGCUUUACCAUCAUCAUCAUCAUCAAUCACCCCUCAUCUCCUCUGCCCCCCUUCUGCCCAAACCCAGCCCUCCAAUGAACACGAUGGCUCGGGCCCCUCCUUCCAUGCUGCCCCCUGUACGCACCACUCUCCUGUCAGCUGUGCCUGUGAUUCCACGGCCCCCCAUGGCCCCUGUGCAGAUGCGCCUAGCCCCAGGGCAGGUUCUAACACCCAUGCCCCCCAUGAUGCAUGCCCCCCGCAUCAACGUGGUGCCCAUGCCCCAACCACCUCACAUGAUGGCCCCCAGACCACCACCCAUGGUGGUCCCAACUGCAUUUGUCCCUGCCCCUCCAGUCCCGCAGCCCCCCCGCCCCCGCCCUGACCCGCAGCCACCUUCCCAGCCACCCCCACCCCAUAAUGAUGAGCCUGCCAGCAAGAAGAUGAAGACCGAGGACAACCUCAUGCCAGAGGAGGAGUUCCUCCGUAGAUACAAGGGUUCAGUGUCCGUCACAGUGCAAGUUCCCAACAUGCAGGACAAGACUGAAUGGAAGCUAAGUGGACAAGCGCUCAAUUUCACUAUCCCACUCACAGAUCAGGUGUCUGUUAUUAAAGUGAAAAUCCAUGAAGCCACUGGAAUGCCAGCUGGAAAGCAAAAGCUGCAGUAUGAGGGAAUUUUCAUCAAAGAUUCCAACUCGCUGGCCUACUACAACAUAAACAACGGUUCAGUCAUACACCUGGCACUGAAGGAGAGAGGUGGGAGAAAGAAGUGAGGUGUACAUCCCCCUCAAGUUUCUCUCUAGUAGUUUGGGACAUUUGUCUGAGCAGAUCUUUCUAAACGAUGUAUAUCCUUUGUUGGUCAUAGCAAUUUUAAAGAAUGCUUAAGGCAUAAAUAAACCAUAAAUAAAAACUAACUUGCUACAGUUUCUUAUGUUAAGUGUUGAUUAUUUUCUAAAGGUUAAUUGUAUUGUUUAAGGGGAUAGUUGUUCAUGUUGCUAUUUUGGUCAGUGUAUUUGUUACCCAUGUCCAGAGCUUACAGCCCAUGUCAAUCAUCAAAUAAAGUAAUAAAAUGCCA